AGUUAUAUCAUAUUCAGUGUUUCCUAUACAACCUGUAUUUUAUUUCCGUGUUCUAGCGAUGGAUUCUAUACAAUGGACGUACAUUCUGCUAUUAACUGGACUGGGACAUUGCUAUGUAAACCUGAGCAGAAAACAAAGUACAAAAGUUUCUCAAAGUUCCACAUACAACAAAUUACAUGCGAGUUAUGCAAAAGACGGGAACAGAACCCAAACAGAUUACAAAAUCUGCUCACAUACAGCUCUGGGACACUCCAUAGCUUGGUUUCAAGUGGACCUUGGAGGCGAAUAUAGUUUGGAAUCUGUGAAAAUAUACUACAGAAAUGAAAAUAAUUGGCCUCCAUAUCGAUUUCGUCAGUUCUACUUAGAUGUAUCAAACGGAUCGGCGAAAUCCACUACAACCUUAACUUCACCGAGAAAACGCUGUUACAAGGACAACACAACCGCCCCGGCCACGCCUCAAUCCGUGAUUGACAUUCCUUGUAAAGAAACAGCGAGAUACGUCAUCGUGGAGACCACGUACAACGCCCAGGAAGCUAUAGAUCUUAACCAGGAUGGGCCUGUGUUGGAGAUUUGUGAGAUAGAAGUUUAUGCUUGUAGUACCUGUGUAAAUGCUGCAUGCAAUCCAUCUAAUGGAUACUGCACCGAGGGCUGUAUCAUGGGGUACUGGGGACACACGUGCAAGUCCCAAUGUAACCAACUCUGCUUAGGAAACACGUGUGAACAAGGAAACGGAACUUGUACCACUGGUUGUGUAGACUUUUAUUAUGGAUACACAUGUGAACACCAGUGUGGCCCCCGGUGUAGUCCCCAGACUUGUGACAGGGUCACGGGAGCGUGUAAUGACUGUAAUGCUGGGUAUCACGGUCUAUUCUGUAACAGAACAUGCAGUCCUUACUGUAAGUCAGGAACAUGUGAUGCACACAACGGACAUUGCAUUGGGGGCUGUAAAACAAACUGGACGGGAGAUCUCUGUGACAGAUGUGACGCAGUACAUUUUGGAUCUAAUUGCUCUAAAGAGUGCGGUGUACACUGUCAGGGAAUGUUGUGUAAUAACAGCACUGGCUCCUGUACUGAUGGAUGUGAAACUGGAUACUACAAAGACACGUGUAAUGUAACAUGUAACCCAGACUGUAAAAACGGAUGCAACAGGAAUUCUGGGUAUUGCGAUUAUGGCUGCAUCGAUGGAAAGUUUGGAGUGGCGUGUCACAAUAUUUGCGGUCCUGGUUGUACAUCGAAGGAAUGUGAAAAAAUCACAGGGAGUUGUACUUGUAAAAGGGGAUGGCAAGGGAAAAGAUGUACAGAAUGCAGUCCAACAUUCUACAGCGCGUCCUGUGAGGAGGAGUGUAGUGCUCAUUGCUAUAACGGGACGUGUUACGUAAACAAUGGAUCAUGUAUUGGUGGAUGUACUAGAGACUAUACGGGCGACAAAUGUACACAAGCCCUGUUUACAAGCAGUUCCGAAUCACCGGAACUUCCAGUGACGGCCAUUGGCGCUGGAGUUGGAGGUGUUCUCAUUGUUCUCAUAGCCGUGAUAGUGACAGUCGUCUUUUUCAGAUUUAGACGACAGAAGCAGCCCAAUUCGUCAACGCCAUCCAUAUCCUAUAAAACCGAUAGAAAAGGUUCGCCAGUAGGAAACAAAUUGUACACAAACAUCGCCACUGUUUCUGUUUCAAUUGAGGACCCGGAAGAGGAACCUCAGAGUGAAAACCCGGAAGAAGCAGUGUACUAUAACAAUUUGUCAGUGGCCAAGGACAUUGCUGUAAAAAAUCUUCUAAAUGCUAUACGACAAAAGGAAGCUGACAAAAAUGCCGGUUUUAUGAAAGAAUUUAAGUCGAUUCCGUAUGGUGAAAGAUUUCCCUGCAAUACGGCAAAAGUAGAAGAAAACAAGCUGAAAAACAGAUUUAAAACAACCUUCCCAUAUGAUCAUUCGAGAAUCGUAUUGGAAAGUGGUGACGGGUUCACUUCAGAUUACAUAAACGCAAAUUACAUUGAGAACAUGGAUGGUAGACGUGAAUACAUUGCCUCUCAAGGUCCAAGAGAAAACACUUUGGUAGACCACUGGCGGAUGAUCUGGCAGGAACAUAUUCAAUAUAUCGUCAUGUUGACCAACCUCAUAGAGGGACCCAAGGUGAAGUGUCAUCAGUACUGGCCAAGUGAAGGGCAUGAACUCGAUGUCAAUCCAUUUUCCGUCACGUUGCUGGAAGAGAAAGCGUAUGCAUAUUAUGUUAUCAGGAAGAUGACAGUGCGCAAGAAGAGGGUCACAGGGUCAAGGACGGUUGUACAAUUUCACUACACAAGAUGGCCGGAUCACGGGACACCUAAUCCUUUGAAUCUGGUCGUUUUCCACCGUCACUUUCGACACAAAACCAAACCUUCUCAAGAUCCCAUUCUUGUACAUUGCAGUGCAGGGAUUGGUCGAACCGGGACGUUCAUUGCACUUGAUGUUCUGUCCAGAUACGGGGAUGUCCACCACAGGGUCAAUGUAGUGGAGUUUGUCAAGGCAAUGCGGAAAGACAGGAUGACUAUGAUUCAAAACGCUGACCAGUACGUUUUCCUGUACCACGCUUUGUAUGAAUACUUCAGAAGACAAGGGAAGUUCGUCAACAAGAGUGAAUUUAUGACGUCAUAUGCAGACCUGGAUAAACCGGAAGCAAAGAAAAAAAUCACGAAUGAGUUCAAUGCGCUGAAAAGCUUACAACCUCAAUAUGGUGGGGACGAUUUCAAAACGGGACAAAAGUUCCUGAAGCUAAAUUGGACAAAAUCUGUUUUACCAGUUGAGCAAUACCUGGUUUAUUUAUCAUCCAAUGUGAAGGGACGAGAACUCUACUACAACGCGGUGUAUGUGUCGUCCUUUACCCAAGCCGAGGAGUUUAUUUCUGCGCAGUAUCCGGUACCAGGCGCUUCCAUUGAUCUUAUACGCCUCCUGGUGGAUCAGAAGUCGCCAAUACUUAUUUCGUUAAACCCAUUAUCUGAUGUGAAGGAGAUAGAAAACUGGGUUGACGGGGAAAACUCCAGAAUUGAUUUGGUUCAAUAUGAAAUCACGAGAAGUACACAGACAAUGCUAUCAGAAGAACUACGCACAGCCAGCAUCAAAAUCAAGAGGAAAGAUAGUGGAGAAGUACACACGGUUCAGAUAUUUGAAUGUCUGAGUUGGAGUUCCAGUGAGAUCCUACCAAAUGAACACGCGACAUUAACGAACCUGAUAAAGCAUUUAAGUCUGGAUCGAAAAUCCCACCCAGAGGGCCCUAUAACUGUUGUCUCAAAGGACGGUGCUACAUGUUGUGGGGUAUUUCUAGCGGUUUAUAACGCGGUAGAACAGAUACUGCAGGACGAGGAGGCGGAUAUUUUCACCAUAGUGCAACAACUGCAAUGUCGCAGACCGGAAAUGAUAUCCAGGAAGGAAGAAUACGAGUUCUGCUUCCGGUCAGUUUGGUACUAUUUUAGCUCGGACAACGUGUAUGCCAAUACCUAAUGAAGGAUAGGCUUGAUUUAUUAGAUUGAUGCAUGACGUCAUUGUUUCCUCGCUGUGAUUAUGUGUAUUAUGAUAUUUUGUUACCAGAGUUUUAUAUACCCGAGGAAGCAUUAGAAAUUAUGAGGUCGAAUAUGCACAAGAGAAAAUUGCCAUUUCACCUUGAAUUCGGACAUGUUUUCUAUCUUUCACUAUGAAUUGUUAAUGCGUGAAUGUGAUACAUUGUACAUUCAACAGUGAUUUUAUUUUUGCAUUUGAUUUGUGUCCUUUUUAUUGUUUGUUUCUUAUGCGUGUUUUGUCUAUUUGUUGGUGUUUUGUUUUUUGUUGAGGAUUUGCGGAAAACUUUUGGCAAAUGAUUUCAAUUUAUUUGGAUAUUAGAGGAUUUGUUGUCAGUUUUGCAAUAAUGUUUCUGUUUUCAUAUUAUAUUAACGUAAUAUAUGUGUAUAUAUAAUGUAACGUAUAUUUGUAUAUUACAGGGUAAUAAUCCGGUUAGAAUAAAUCACAUCUUUCAUCUAUAUCUCUUGUUCGUUGAUUAACGUAACUUAUUAUGUCAUUAAAUACUAAUCAAUGCAAUAUGGAUUUUCAGCUGGUAAAUUGAUAGAUUAAUUAUGUAAUGCUAUGGUUAAUAUUUGUUAUGUGUUUUGAUGCAUUUUCGAUGAGGUCCUAUUGAAUCUAUAUAUGAUAAUUGAGGUGUACAGAUAUAUGUGACUUUGGUAGCACUCUUCAUUACGCCCGGCCUCAAGCCUUUCCAUAGAUGAAUUUACAAUUAAAUAUAUGACUGUCCAUA